AUGGCGAUUGGAUUGGUUCGACGAGCGAUAGCAAGGGUUCCGGCUUUGUCACUGGCGGCCAGAGCUUUCAUCUACAGAGAACACGCAUCGGAGGCGGCGAAACCUAGCUCCACCCCCAAAACCUUCCAAAUCUACCGAUGGAAUCCGGAUACGCCUCAGAAGCCCGACCUCCAGAACUACGAAAUCGACCUCAAGGAGUGUGGCCCCAUGGUCCUCGACGCCCUAAUUAAGAUUAAGAACGAGGUCGAUCCAACCCUAACCUUCCGCCGCUCCUGCCGCGAGGGGAUCUGCGGUUCCUGCGCGAUGAACAUCGACGGCCGGAACGGUCUCGCCUGUCUCACCAAGAUAGAAUCCGGCGGGGACGCGACUAUGAUCACGCCGCUUCCGCACAUGUUCGUGAUUAAGGAUCUGGUGGUCGACAUGACGAAUUUCUACAACCAGUAUAAGUCGAUUGAGCCGUGGUUGAAGCGGAAGAGUCCGCCGGAGAAUCCGGGGAAGGAGAAUCUGCAGAGCAAGGAGGAUCGGAAGAAGCUGGAUGGGAUGUAUGAGUGCAUUCUGUGUGCUUGCUGUAGCACAUCGUGCCCUAGCUACUGGUGGAAUCCGGAGUCUUACUUGGGCCCCGCAGCGCUUCUCCAUGCCAACAGAUGGAUAAUGGACAGUCGAGAUGAAUAUACAAAGGAGCGGCUGGAUGCCAUUAACGAUGAGUUCAAGCUGUAUCGGUGCCAUACAAUCUUAAAUUGUGCUAAAGCUUGCCCCAAGGGACUCAAUCCUGGUAUGCAAAUCCAGAACAUCAAGAGACUCGAGCGCACAAACUAGCUCUUCGGAUUCUUGGAUGCUUGAUUGAUUCAUCAAGUUGAAUAAUCAAUCUAUUUUUUUGUAAUUUUCAACUACUCUACCCUUCUGAAUUAGUAUACCGUUUCCAAAAUAAUGUGCUUUGGGAAAUUGGGCUUAUAGUUGUGAAUUGUUGGUUUAAUCGCAGCUCGAGUGGCCCGGCCCGGCCUACAACUGCGGAGGGCUGUAGAUGGUUUAUUUGUGAGCAAAGUUUUAUUUGGUUUUAA